GGCAAGUUGUUUGUGGAGCAGCAGGAGGCAGCGUGCACCGCUCAGGCACGCACAAACACACGAGGAAGCCCCGUGAACGCGCUCGGUCGGGGCUGCUGUUGCUAUGAUGCAAUAGCGACUGCGCCGUGGGAAGCGAGCGAGGAGUUGAAUGAGUUCUCCCCACAGUUGAAGAGAAGCAGCCGCAGACAGUGAGGACGCCGACAGUGCCGAGGGACAGACAGCAGGCACGGAGACACAGGCAGGGCCCUGUCCUAGCACACUACAUGGAAACACACAGUCAGGUGUGUCUGCUAGCCUCGCAGCUAGCCGUGUCAUGACGGUUGGAGAGAUUUCUCACACAUCUGUACGACGUUGCAGCGAGACGGGAGAAGCACCAACACCCCAUUUUCUCUCCUCAGCCGAAACCAAGUGAAGAGGGGUUGUUAUCAUUUUUUUUACCUUUCUGGUGGCAUUGUCCUCCUCACCGGUGACUCAGUGGACCUAUUCGUGCUUCGUACUGGACCAUCAUGGCAGAGAGAACCUCAACCGGGUUGCUAACGAUGAUGUUGGAGCCCACGCCGGCUGUCGCUAUGACCCUGCCGGCGGAGGUCCGGGAGAAGCUGGCGGAGCUGGAGCUGGAGCUUUCUGAAGGGGACAUCACUCAGAAGGGCUAUGAGAAGAAAAGAGGCAAGCUGUUGGCACCGUACAUCCCACAGAUACAAGGUGUAGAUCCAUCUCUGCAAAUUGACAACAGGAUCCAAGCCCAAGCUGUUCUCCCAGGUUCCAAACACAACAAGUCCCGGGUUGCCAACACCCGGGAUGAACGCUUCAGAUCUGAUUUGCACACAGAAGCCGUCCAAGCAGCUUUGGCAAAGUACAAAGAGAGGAAGAUGCCCAUGCCCUCUAAGAGACGAUCCGUGCUAGUUCAAUCAUCUGUUGAGGCAUGCACCCCGCCAGACACCUCCUCAGCGUCAGAAGACGAGGGCUCGCUGCGCCGGCAGGGACGUCUGGCCACCUCCACGCCCUACCAGGGCCACGGCCACCCAGCCGUUGAGCACUGGUUUAACCGUGUCAUCCAGGGUUCGUCCACCUCAUCCUCCGCGUCAUCCACCUCAUCCCAUCCGGGAGGGAGAUCCGUCACCACCACCAACACCACUGCCCACGCAGCCCUCAACGCCAACGCAGCAGCUACCGCACUGGCCGACCUUAUGGCACACACCCAGCUAGAUAACCACUCAGCACCCCCCGAUGUGACAGGGCUGUCGGAGCGCUCCUCGCUUCAUGCGGAGCGGCCCCAGGUGGCCUCGGUGCGAGGCGUUUCCCGUGGCUACAACCACCACACCAGCGUCAUGGAGACUGCAGAUGGCUGUGAGUGGAGAGGUGAAGGAUCCCUCAGUUUAAUGGAUGGUGUUCCAGUCAACAGCCGCGUCUCCUCCAAAAUCCAGCAGCUGCUCAACACUCUGAAGAGACCGAAGCGACCGCCACUGCGAGAGUUCUUUGUGGACGACUUUGAGGAGCUUUUGGAUGUCCAGCAGCCAGAUCCUAACCAGCCAAAGCCAGAAGGCCAGCAGAUGAGUCCCCUGGAAGGAGAGCCUCUCGGGGUGGUCACCAACUGGCCUCCCUCCUUGCCAGCAGCCUUACAGCGGUGGGGGACGACUCAGCCCAAGAGUCCCUGUCUGACGGCACUUGACAAUGCUGGCAAGCCAGUCUACACACUCACUUAUGGUAAACUGUGGACCCGCAGUCAGAAACUGGCCUAUACUCUUCUUAACAAGCUGAGCACCAGGAAUGAGCCUUUGCUUAUGCCUGGAGACAGAGUUGCACUUGUUUUCCCCAACAACGAUCCAGUGAUGUUCAUGGUGGCCUUCUACGGCUGUCUCCUGGCAGAGCUGGUACCUGUGCCUAUCGAAGUACCGCUGACCAGAAAGGAUGCAGGAAGUCAACAGAUUGGCUUUCUGUUGGGCAGCUGUGGUGUCACGUUGGCACUGACCACUGAUGCUUGUCAGAAAGGCCUGCCCAAAGCACAAACUGGGGAGGUAGCCACUUUCAAAGGCUGGCCGCGGUUGCUGUGGUUUGUGACAGAUGGAAAACAUGUUGUGAAGCCUCCGAAAGAUUGGCAUCCUCCAAUACGUGAAGCCAGUAAUGACAUAGCCUACAUAGAAUAUAAAACCAGCAAGGAAGGAAGCACCAUGGGGAUCACAGUGUCCCAUUCAGCCAUGUUGGCUCACUGUCACGCCCUCACACAGGCCUGCUGCUACACUGAAGCUGAAACCAUAACCAAUGUCCUGGAUUUCAAGAGGGAAGCAGGAUUAUGGCAUGGUGUUCUCACUAGUGUCAUGAACAGGAUGCACGUGAUCAGCAUCCCAUACUCACUGAUGAAAGUCAACCCCCUCUCCUGGAUACAGAAGGUUCACACAUACAAAGCGCGGGUAGCAGUGGUGAAAUCGAGGGACAUGCACUGGUCUCUGCUGGCUCAGAGAGACCAGAGAGACAUCAGCCUGAGCUCACUGCGCAUGCUGAUUGUAGCCGACGGAGCCAACCCAUGGUCGAUAUCUUCCUGCGAUGCCUUCCUCAAUGUGUUCCAGGCACGUGGGCUGCGACCUGAGGUGAUCUGUCCAUGUGCCAGCUCUUCGGAGGCCAUGACUGUCGCCAUCCGCAGACCUCCAGAAAUGGGUGUUCCUCCCCCAGGGAAGGCGGUGCUGUCUAUGGGUGGGCUGAGCCACAGUGUGAUCCGUGUUGACACAGAGGAGAAACUAUCUGUCCUUACAGUGCAGGAUGUGGGACAGGUCAUGCCUGGAGCUGUGGUUUGUGUGGUGCGGGUGGAGGGGACACCUUAUCUCUGUCAGACAGAUGAGGUCGGAGAGAUCUGCAUGAGCUCAGGUAGCACUGGUGUAGCUUACUAUGGCCUCCCGGGCAUGACCAAGAACAUCUUUGAGACCAUCCCAGUAACAUCAUCUGGGGUUCCCAUCAGUGACAGACCCUUCAGCAGGACUUCACUGCUGGGCUUUGUGGGACCAGACAGCCUUGUGUUUGUUGUGGGGAAGAUGGAUGGGCUGAUGGUGGUCAGUGGACGGAGGCACAAUGCCGAUGACGUAGUUGCCACAGCAUUGGCAGUCGAACCCAUGAAGUUUGUGUACAGGGGGAGGAUAGCAGUGUUUUCUGUGUCAGUGCUGCAUGACGAGAGGAUUGUUGUUGUGGCAGAGCAGAGGCCGGAUGCUUCUGAGGAAGACAGCUUCCAAUGGAUGAGCCGUGUCCUUCAGGCCAUAGACAGCAUCCACCAGGUUGGGGUUUACUGCCUGGCUCUGGUUCCUGCCAACACGCUUCCAAAGGCUCCUCUCGGUGGCAUCCAUAUAUCUGAGACCAAACAGCGCUUCCUGGAGGGUGCCUUGCACCCCUGCAAUGUCCUCAUGUGCCCUCACACUUGUGUCACCAACCUGCCCAAGCCAAGACAAAAACAGCCAGAGGUCGGUCCUGCUUCUAUGAUAGUAGGCAACCUGGUAGCAGGCAAGAGGAUAGCACAAGCCUGUGGGAGAGACGUGGCACAACUGGAGGACAAUGACCAGGCACGUAAGUUCCUUUACAUACAGGACGUGCUACAAUGGAGAGCUCAGGCUACUCCAGACCAUCCUCUGUUCAUUGUUCUCAAUGCUAAGGGCACGGUGGCUAGUACAGCUUCCUGUCUGCAGCUGCACAAGCGGGCAGAGCGGGUGGCCGCAGCUUUGAUGGGACGCCUAAACACUGGAGACCAUGUAGCACUCGUCUACCCGCCAGGAAUUGACCUGAUUGCCACCUUCUACGGCUGCCUGUACGCUGGCUGUGUGCCAGUCACUGUCAGACCCCCACACCCCCAGAACCUGGCCACCACCCUGCCAACUGUCAAGAUGAUUGUUGAGGUCAGUAAGUCGGUGUGUAUCCUGACCACCCAAGCAAUAAUGAAGCUGCUGAAAUCCAAAGAAGCUGCUGCUGCUGUGGACAUUAAGAGCUGGCCCAUGGUGCUAGACACAGAUGACCUCCCCAGGAAGAAGAGUCCCCAGAUGUACAAGCCCCCAACCCCAGAGAUGUUAGCUUACCUGGACUUCAGUGUGUCUACAACAGGCAUCCUAGCGGGGGUCAAAAUGUCUCACGCUGCCACCAGUGCCUUGUGUCGCUCCAUCAAACUCCAGUGUGAACUCUACCCUUCCCGGCAGAUCGCCAUCUGUCUGGACCCUUACUGCGGCCUCGGCUUUGCUCUCUGGUGCCUGUGCAGUGUCUACUCAGGCCACCAGUCCAUCCUGGUUCCCCCUCUGGAGCUGGAGAGUAAUGCGUCUCUCUGGCUUGCUGCCGUCAGUCAGUACAAAGUGCGAGUCACCUUCUGCUCGUAUUCAGUCAUGGAGAUGUGCACCAAGGGCCUGGGUUCACAGACAGAAGCACUGCGGUUGCGAAAUGUGAACCUGUCUUGUGUGCGUACGUGCAUGGUGGUAGCAGAGGAGAGGCCCCGCAUAGCACUUACUCAGUCCUUCUCAAAGAUCUUCAAAGACUUGGGGCUUUCUCCACGCGCUGUCAGCACCACCUUUGGCUGCAGGGUGAAUGUAGCGAUCUGUUUGCAGCCCAACAGGUUAGGGAAACUGGCUGAGCAGGGUACAGCUGGACCAGACCCCACCACUGUUUACGUGGACAUGAGAGCUCUACGACAUGAUAGGGUUCGCCUGGUUGAGAGAGGGUCACCACACAGCUUGCCACUGAUGGAGUCUGGAAAGAUCCUUCCAGGAGUGAAAGUGAUCAUUGCAAACACAGAGACUAAAGGACCCCUGGGAGACUCCCAUCUAGGAGAGAUCUGGGUGAGCAGUCCUCACAAUGCCACAGGCUACUACACAGUUUAUGGGGAGGAGGCGCUGCACGCUGACCACUUCAACACCAAGCUCAGCUUCGGCGACACCCAGACUGUCUGGGCAAGGACGGGCUACCUGGGCUUCCUGCGGCGCACUGAACUGACUGACGCCAGUGGGGAGCGCCAUGACGCCCUCUAUGUGGUGGGCUCCCUUGAUGAGACUCUGGAGCUGAGGGGAAUGAGGUAUCACCCAAUUGACAUUGAGACCUCUGUUAUCCGCUCUCAUAAGAGCAUAGCUGAAUGUGCGGUGUUCACUUGGACCAACCUCCUCGUGGUGGUUGUGGAGCUGGAGGGAUCGGAGCAGGAGGCCCUGGAUCUGGUUGCCCUGGUCACCAACGUAGUCCUGGAGGAGCACUACCUCAUCGUAGGGGUGGUGGUGGUGGUCGACCCUGGCGUCAUCCCCAUCAACUCCCGAGGGGAGAAGCAACGCAUGCACCUCAGAGAUGGAUUCCUUGCCGACCAGCUGGACCCCAUAUAUGUGGCUUACAACAUGUGAGGACCCUGCUGCAGGAGGGGUACCCCUCCUUGUGGCUCAUCACAUUUCAGGAGACGGCAGGACAAUAAAUAUGGAGCUUGGAACGGUCUUGGGCCCCGUGUCAGUAUGGCUUGUGUUGAAAGAGAGCGAGCUGCCCUCUUCUGUCAGCUCAGAGGGGAAACACAGUAUGAAAGAAAUGUGGAUACGGAACUUUACAGCAAGAUGGAAAGAAAUUCCAAGAGAUAUAAAACUGACACAAACCUCAUGUUUGUUUCUCCCUGUGAUUUUUGCCUCAACAAAUAACAUUUUAAAGGGCAUUUUGUUUUUGUCAAAGUGAGUUUUGUAUGUAUGAGAGAACUUUUGACUCCUUAAACCCAGGACACCCGAUAGCAGUACAGCAGGUGGUUAAGGUUUAAUACUACACUGUGCCAUUAACAUAAUUUACUUUGUCAGUUUCCAAAAUAUUGAAUGUUAGCUCUGUUUGCCAUACACUUGUGCCAUAGAACAGGACUGACCCCAGUACCCAAAACCCUGUUUCAAACAAGCUGUAACAUGUUUCACGUUCACAGAGCCUCCUGUGCCAUUACAGGUCAUGUGCUUUCAUAGAAAAAUCCUACCCCACAAGCGUCAUCAUUACAUCUGUGGAGGGCAGCUCUCCAGAUUACGGUUGAACCCUGAAGUGAACCAGCUCAGUUCACAUCAUGUUAUUGCAUGAACAAAGAAGCACACAGCAGUGGUGUUGGAGAAAGGGGCAGUUAGUGUUAUUUGUUGCUCAUUCCAGCGGUAGUGCUUUAGUUUGUAGUGUCAGUAACCAAACGCUUAGAAAUAAUGUUGUGGUUUGACUAAAUCUUGUUCUUUUCUCAAUCUUAAAUGUGUAAUGUAGUUAUUGUUUUAUCUGAACAAAAUGCAAUAUGAGUGAUGUGAAAGAUGUUGCUUUGAAUGACUGCACACAGCAAGUACCAGUCAUUCAAAGUCAUGAUGUAGUGAGGAACGUAAUCGUUGCUUACUAUUAGCAGCGUGCCAAAUGAUAUGAAUUAAGCCUUAAGUGUUUUUCAGACGCCUCUUCCUGUCCCAGCUACUGUUUAACUUAAUUUUGUGAAGUUUAUGAGCUGUUGGAUAGGAAAAGAAUAUGCAGAAGGAGGAUAUGUAUGGUAAAUCCUGCUCUUAUUGCACCCAAAGUUUCAUCUUUUUGGCUAAGAUGAACAUACUUGAUCCUAACAUCAGCCAUUACAAAGACACACUUACUCCAUAAGUAUUUUUAAUAAUGUCUGUCCCUAUCGUCGAUUGUGUUGAAUGCGUGUUUUAUAGCGAAAGACUGGAAGAAACUGUAGUUGGUAUGGGUUUGAUGCAGAAUGUCAUAGCCUCAUUUCAUAAGGAUACAUAAGGUUGAAUGAGAGUUGAAGAAAGUUGUGAGCUGCAUGUAAUGAAUGAAGUGUUGUGACAUCAUAACAUCGCAUCUCAUUACUUUUAAUUUGAAAAGAUCACUUCACUGUAUGUUGCUUCUUUUUUCUAUGUGCACAUCCCUUCAGAAACAGGCUCCAGCCUGCUGUAAGUAUGUACAGGUUUUGUGUAAAUUAUUAAUAGAUGGAGGAGUCGACAGGAAGCAUAAUACUAUGACCGAAUCUGAUAUGUGCGUAUGUGAACUUCUCCUUCACAAAAAAAAAGAAAUUAAAAUGGAUUCUCAUGUGUGGACAUUGAGAAGAGACAUGAAAAGCCUUGGAAACAUUUUUAUAGAGAGAAAGAACAGUGGGAACUGACCACUACCAGGAUGAGACAAAGCACACUUUGAGCACAAGGAGAAGACAGUUAUGCUCUGGUGACUGCUGAGAUGUCACAUCCUCCUGAGCAAACUUUUGUUGUUAACAUAUGGAAAGAUACAUUUGUCUGAUAUAUGGUUAGUUGUCAUUAUUUUCAUAACAUGAUUUCUUAAUGAAUAAAAAAGUGCUUUUAACUUGAAA